GUAAAAUAUUUUAUUGCUUUUGAGAAAAAUAUAAUUUUUAAUUAUUUUAAUAGGUCCAGAUAGUUGGGGACAAAAGUAUCCUAAAUGCAAUGGCAACUCUCAAUCACCGAUCAACAUAGUAUCAAGUCAAACUGUGAACAGCGGAACACGUCAAAUAUUAAUGCUCAGUGGUUAUGAGAAUCCAGUUGGCAAACUUAAUAUUUCGAAUGAUGGUCAUUUUCUUGAUGUAAAAAUACUAGAUGGAGUCGAAAGAUCUGUAACAAUCGAUGACAAGAAAUACUCAUUAAGCAACUUCCAUUUCCAUUGGGGAAGUAGCACAGAUAUGGGAUCGGAGCAUGAGCUUAAUGGUAACAAAUAUACAAUGGAGGUUCAUUUAGUUCACCGAGACAGUGAUGGAAAUAUAGUCGUAAUUGCCGGCUUCCUUUCGGAAAGCGGCAAUCAAUUAAACUCAGCAAUAGAUAACCUUUUGUAUGUAAAGCCUGCGUAUGAGUACAAAGGUGAACACUACGAAGGAGAGAUUCAACGUCCAGAAACAGAUCCACGGAGACAAGGCAAAAUUUAUUUGGAUGAUUUAAUUAACGAAAGGUGCCGUUACUAUAGGUACAGUGGAUCCAUGGCCUUUCCACCAUGCAAUGAAGGCGUCACCUGGCUAAUCUGCAGACAAGAUAAUCAAGUAAAAACCAACCAA